GGCACAUAUACAGGCGAACAACAGAGGUACCUGCUGCAGUAUUUGCAUAUCAGCUUGUACGAUUUAAACAGCAGACAAACAGAUCCAAACUACAUAUAUAAAUAUCUACUAAUACAGCGCAGCUUAACGGGAUAAACACGAUAUAAAUAUCUGUCACUUUAGCCGGCUGCUGAUUGCUCCGUGCAGAGGUUUGAUCAUGUUUACCUCCCAGACCUCGUCCUUCCAGGACUCCAUCGACGUGGAGGAGAAGGAUGACUUUGACAGCGAAGACAUCGCGGGAUACAGCCAGAAAAUCCAGCUGAACUGCUACUACACCAUCUAUCUUUAUCAAGGCACAAGAUCUGAGGCUUCUGGGGAAAAUGGGGCAUGGAACCAGAGACGAGCAGACUCCACAACCAGUCAGGAUGACUUUAGCCUGACGCUCAUCGACAGCAGCCUGCCAUCAGAGGCCGAACCUGAGCUGCGCACCUACAUCUCGAGGAGGCUGAGCAAAGGAGCUCUGCUGGGAGGCAUGGGCAACAUCGCCACUGUGGAGCUCAGUAUCCCGGAGCAGGCAGUCGGCUGCUACUGCUGCCUCCUGGAGCAAGAAAGGUCUCCUGAACAGCCUGAUGCAGACGGAAAUGGUUACGUCAUCUGCUUCAUGGGCGGCUCUGAAAAAGGACUGAAUCUAUUUAGAUUAGAGCUGGAUAAAUACGUCCAAGGCCUUCAUAGCAGCCUGCAAACUCCAGAGCUGCAGAACCUUGAAACGGAGGUGCGUCCCUAUCUGAGCCGGUGGUACGAGGAGUCUGUGAUGCACAUUCAUCGGGUGGUGCAGCUGGUCCAGAGCAACAUCAGCUUCUUGCUGCAUGCUGCUUUGAGUCACACGCACGUGGAGGUCACUAACUCAGAUGAGAGGACGGUGACUGAUGUGUCCAGGUUCAUCAAAGCAGCCAGCUUGCAGGGUUUGUCCCAACAAGACACGACAGCAGCUUCUCUGUGUAAGGCCAUCUCAGAGGAAACUCAGUCCGACCUGAUCAUAGACUGCUCCACCAGCCCGCCCACUCUCUCUAACACCGUCAGUAACCGUUUCUGCGACGACUGGACUCAGGCAUUUCUAAACGCCGCAGAGAGAUGUAAUCCUUUCCUGCUCGGACAGAUUCUGGAGAACUUUAAACUGAAGGCGAUCCAGGACAUGAACAGCCUGAAGCGUUUCGUGCGGCAGGCCGAGAUGAGUCACUACGCCCUGUUUCGCUGCUGCCAGUUCCUGCAGGGCUGCGGAAACGGGAAUGUUCUGCUGCAGAAUGCCAGGGCCGAGCACAGCGACCUGCCUGAAGCCUGCAGCAUAAUUUCUGUCCUGGAGGAGUUCCUCAGGGAUCAAUCCUCGGCCAAGGCCUGAUCGUGUUACAACACAUAACUCUAAGCUGUCGGGCAUGAAAAAAACCUUCAUCUAUUGUUGCUCUGCUCUUCCGGCCACAGAACAACCAAGUAUCACUUAAUUAUAGCACUACAUGGUAAGUUUAAUAUUAGUUUGCCAGAUAAAAUAUGGGCACAUGGAAAAUUUUGAAUUGACCAAUUUCUGCAUGGUAGACUCAGACUUCAAAUAUGUAGCCGCUUUCACAUAUUUACUCCUGAAAAUUUCAAGAAAAUGUCCAUCUUGCUGCCCCUCACAGCGAGUGACUGUUCCUGUCAGACUGGAGGAGGGGUCUCAGGAGGCAAGACAUGACAUGAAAAAAAACAACACUCAGAAACAGUGAACAAAACAACAGAGUCUGACGCUAUGAUGACAAUUUUAGACUUUAGAUCAACACUACGCUAAGUUAGACAUUCACACUAUCAACAAAACAUGCUGGUUGCUCGUCGGUAACAGGAUAUUAACACCUCUGCCCCCGCUCACUUGGUGGUGAAUUAUAUGAGAUAUUUCUGCUGUAUUCUCACAACAGCUCAAAACGACCUCCCGCUUAAUUUACCCAGGAGCUGGCAGAACAAAAUCUGGGUAAAAUUCAGCUGUUUGCGUUUGCACAUGCAUCCCAACCCUGAACAUUUCUGGACAUUUUCAGGAGUUUCAUUGUGAAGCAUGAUAAGUAAUAAAACACAUUUUUGUCUGUGCUGGCAUCACGGCUGCUUCUCAGUGAGGAGAUCCGUGGUAAGAUCUAACAAACGUACUGUAACUGUAACAUCACUACAUUUAAAACCUGAAAGUUUAGCUCCUAAUUGAAGAUUAUAUCAGAAAAGAACAGACGGACGAUGAUCCCAGAGAAGGCGGUCCAGAUGAAAAUAUCAGUGUAGUUGUUGUGGCACGUUGCUCGUAUCCAUCGUAUCCAUUCCUUUUGUACUUUAAACGUCAUGAGUGUGAGUUUCCAAACAAUGAACCAAAUACAAGUCCUCAUGUUUUACUGCUAACUGACAAUGACGGAAACCCUGAGCUGAUCCAAACUAAAGCUACUGCUCAUCGGAGUGGAUUUAUUUGAUGUCUAAAUAUUCCUUAAUUAUUAUUAUUGUUUUGUAUCAUGUUUGAUUGUACUUGUCGUAUCUCUGCAGAAGGAACUUAUGGAGAAUGCACAAAUCACUUUUCUGCAUUGCUUGUUAUGUACGCCUCGCUUUUGUUUAUAUCUCAACCCGAUAGCUGCACUACUGUUAUAUUUUCUAAUGAACACUGCGACUGUUUUUAUCCGUCUAUCAACUUGUGACUUUAAUCUUUUUUGGGGGGGGGGUGCAGUAGUGAAGACAAACUGUAAUUAUGGAUACUCUUUUUGUUUUUCACCAGCUGAAGACUCAAUGACAACAAACCCGUCAUUAUGUCUCUCCCUACAUUUAAGUUUCUGUUCUGCAAUAUUCAAAAGUCACAAACAUGAUCAAAAGAGAAGAAAGAAAGUGAAACAUAGAAUAAAUAUUAGUUUAUAAACGAGGGUUCACAGAUAUUAUUAGCAUGCCUACAUUUUAUUUUUAGGCUUUCAGAACCAUUUAAACCAGUCCAAAGUGUGUCAUACAGCAAUAUAAAUGUUGGUUGUGUGAACUUGAAAGCUUUGAAGUAGGUGACAUGUAAAAAUAUAUACGACUGACUGUCAGUAAUGAGUGUUGUCUUUUCUGUACAGAUCGUCUCUAUACUUGUAUCUGUGUGUUUGUGGCUCUGCCUUGACUAAAAGAAGAAGAAAUUAAAAUCCACUGUUGAACCUC